AUGCCCUCGAUUGCCAUUCCCGCAGCGGUACAACCCGGCUUUGGUGAAUUGCAUCGCGCCAUGUUUGUUUCGGCUGCGGUGUGGUGCCUGGUGCUGACCGCACCGGACUCGGUCUCGGCACAUGACGUGGAUGUCCUGCCGUAUGUGCUGGGAACCGUUACCCGGCCACCCGAGUGGAUCGCAGCACACAACAAAAAAGACCGAAAAAAGUUCAAAGAGGCUACAUGCUCCUUUGGCGCUGUAGGACUGGUGAGCAACUUGGCAAGGUUGAGUUUCCAGAUCAAGAACAUCGUGGAGCAGUGUCCCAAGUCUGCAGAGGACACCCUGUCACACCAACCGGGGGACGAGGCCACUAUUGCGGAAAAGGUGUGUUUGCUAAGCACUACAGCCGUCUUUUCAUCGUUGGCACAGAUUUCUCGCUCCAUCGUCGUCCUGGCGUCGACCUGCACAAGGACAGCUUCUGUAGCCGAGGCCUGCGCUGCUUCGGUGCAGACAUUGCUUGUGCCUUGGUCCUUGAUCAUCGACGGGGGCGUCAUCGUCUCUGAAACGAAGCUGCACCAGCAAGCCUUUGAGGCAGUGUGUGACAAAGCGGUCUCCGACGCAGACCUUCUUCCGAAGGGAAUUCAGCCCGGCCGACGGCUGGACGGUAUGGAGUUACCCAAGUCGAGGCAAGCAGACAUAGCCCAGUGUGUGUUCGAUGCGGUGGAUGCCAGCCGCGGGAUUGCAUCCAUCGGGCUUUCCUUGGAUUUGCUGAGCAGGUCAUGCCCUGUCAAUCGAAUCACACGUUUCACUGAAAAGCUGAGCACGGCUGCCUGCACCGUCGAUGUUUCGAUACUUCUGACGGCUUUCACCAAGCUGUCAUUUUAUCUGGCCCUGGCCGUAAAUCAUUGCUCCCCGUACAAGGAACGAGAUGCUGUCUGCCUGGCGGGCGUCACCGCCAUCGCAGCCGGGCUCAGCACGGCCUCUGCCGGUGGUGCAGCGGCCUGGGCCACCUGCGAAGUGGGCAACAAGAACAAGCUGAUCAAAGAGGCCGCGGCCAGGGAUGCGGCCCAAGCCCAGACCGCCGAGGCCGAAGUGCAGCGUGCCAUUCUCGAGGCUGCACCCUUCACCGUCGUUCGCAGGCUUGGCGAAGAGAACUCCAGUGGUAGCGAAGUGAGAAGACUGGAGGAGACCUUUCUCCGCCUCGGCUACAAUCUCUCGGAUGGCCAAGCCAACUGGUUGAAGGAAAGCCCCGAGAUCUUGGAGCUGCGCAGCUUCGCAGAUGAUGUCGUCAGGCAAAUGCAGACCUUCAGGCCUGUACAGCCUGCCCAAGAGACAGACACUCUCAAGCUGGAGCUGUCAGAGCUAUCAGAGGUUCCGGCGGUGCCCACCGAUCUACACAAUGAGUCCGAGACCUUGCAAUGCAGCACGAACACCGCAGCUUUGGAGUUCAGAAGCGGGCUCGCUGGCCAGGCCCCGACGCUCGAAGACAACGUCUCAGCCUGCCAAGCGCGCUGCUCCAGGAUUCCCAGCUGUGCAGCCUUCGCGUACUGGAAGCCGGGGCGCCAAUGCCAUGCAUUGGGCCACCUCCGAAUGCCAACUGCAAGGCCACAUGGGAAAGACGGCUGGGUCUCUGGGCCUCCGGGUUGCCGAGAGGAGCAAGUCAGUGCAGCCGCACGGGUGCUUGCAAAACGUCAUCGAGACUGCUACCAUCCGCAUGCUUCGCAGCGAGUGAUCGCAGCGGAGAUCAGUGACAUGCUGACACGGUGCAAAGCCGAGCGCUUUGACUUUGAGCAGAAUCUGCGCGAGCUCGAAGAAGUACAGGCGCGACUACGGGCGCUCAUCGUAAAGGCUGGAGAGCAGGAGAUGCGGGUGACGACCAAAGCUGGAGCCGCCCGCAAGGAAGGCGAUGCAGCCGUGGAGGCUGAUUUGGCUCUGGACUGGUCCCUCCCAUCCCUGCCGCUGGACGUUCUGAAUGCGAUCCUCUGGUGCCUUGAUUGCGACAGCCUGCGCCGUGCGAGCAGCUGUUGCAAAGAGUGGGGCUCCAACGUCGAGGAGCGCUGGCUGCGACUCCUUCGAGCGGAUUUCGGCACCACAGCCACCAGCAUGCAGCGAUCACAGGGCCGGAAGCCGGCGGCAACCUCCCUGGCUGAGUACCGUGGGCGCCUCCGCCGAUUCCGGGCAAUGCUGGGGACGCUGGAGACCCUCAAAG